GCAAUAAAACCAGGAAUUGCACUUUGACCUGUGCUUUAGCUUUAGACAGGCUACUUCAGGCUAGAAAGCUGAUCAAACAGAUGGGAAGUUCUUUACAGAGUGUGUAAAUCUUUAGAAUCCACUUCUCAUAUCUAAACUCAGCUGUACUGAUGCGGUUUAAAAAGCUGCUUCUAUUUAUUCUUAAAGAGCUGAACUGAAGCACAAGGACAGAGUGCAGGUGAAAGUGAAAGCAGGGAAAUGAAGAUGAGAUUCCUGGGGAGGACCUGUCUCAUUGUCUUGAGUUUGCUACCAGCUGUUUCUACACAGAGAGGACGAUGGACUGUCAUUGGCUCUGAUCAGCCUGUCAUUGCUGAGGCUGGUGAUGAUGUCAUCCUGCCCUGUCACAUUUCACCCAGAGUCAGUGCUGUGGACAUGAAAGUGAGGUGGUUCAGGGAGAGAUUCGACAAGCCUGUUCAUUUAUAUCUGAACCAAAGGGAUCAGCUCAGCAUACAGGACAGUGACUACCGGGGCCGCACUGCUCUCUCUCCCUCUGCACUGCAGAGAGGCGAUCUCUCUCUGAGACUGAGAAACCUCCGGCCCUCUGAUAGAGGUGUCUAUAUCUGCUAUGCUCAUGAUGGAAAUCAGUAUGAAGAAGGACAGGCUGAAGUGAUAGUCGCAGCUCUGGGGACCCAGCCCUCAAUCUCUAUGGACUCUACACAAGGAGAGCAGACCCGGCUGGUGUGCAGAUCAGAGGGGUGGAGCCCUGAACCUGAAGUGAUCUGGAGAGACAGGGAUGGAAACAAUGUGACAUCACUGUCCAACACAACAGUGCAGAGGGACAGUCAGGGGCUCCGCAGUGUCAGCAGCUACAUCAAAAUCAAACAGCAGUCCAACGUGUUCUCCUGUCUGGUUAGAAGUAAAACACCCAAACCAGACUGGGAAUCCAAACUCCACAUAUCCAGUGAGUCUCACAUGUUUGUGGAUUGAGCCUGACUGACACUGACCAUAGAUUACAGUCACCAUGAUGUGGCAUCAACAUCUGAAUCAAACACAUGAACUAGUGGACCAAUCAAUAUCUGAAUCAAACACAUGAACUAGUGAACCAGUCAAUAUCUGAAUCAAACACAUGAACUAGUGGACCAGUCAAUAUCUGAAUCAAACAAAUGAACUAGUGGACAAGUCAAUAUCUGAAUCAAACACAUGAACUAGUGGACCAGUCAAUAUCUGAAUCAAACAAAUGAACUAGUGGACCAGUCAAUAUCUGAAUCAAACACAUUUGGGGGUGGUGUUGUGCAGUCCUCUAUUUUGACUGUCUGCAGUGUUUGGGGAUGUGUGUGGAAUGC